AUGAAUCACGUUAGCGCCUUUCGAGACCCGUCGACGGCGUGGCUGAGCCUCAACGGUCACUGGAACACCAUCAUUGGCAGCAGGAGCGAGCAGACGGGAAUGGCGUAUUUGUAUAGAAGUAGGGAUUUUUUGAAUUGGACUAAGGUGGAACAGCCUUUACAUUCGGUUUUGAAUACAGGAAUGUGGGAGUGCCCUGAUUUCUACCCAGUUUUCCACUUCGGUAGAUUUGGCUUGGACAAGUCAGUGAUGGGAAAUUGGUUUAAACAUGUGUUGAAGGUGAGCUUGGAGAUGACUAGAUAUGAGUAUUAUACGCUGGGGAACUAUUAUCAGAUGACGAACAAGUAUGUUCCCGAUAAUACCUCGACGGAUGGGUGGAGUGGGCUGAGGUAUGACUAUGACAAUUUCUAUGCUUCCAAGUCGUUCUAUGAUCCGAUGAAGAAGAGAAGGGUUUUGUGGGGUUGGACUAAUGAAUCAGAUAGUGUCCAGGAUGAUGUUUCCAAGGGAUGGGCGGGAAUUCAGGCGAUUCCUAGGACGGUGUGGUUGGAUCCCAAUGGAAAGCAGCUCUUACAAUGGCCAGUUAUGGAGCUCAAUAGGCUGAGACAGAAGAUAGUUAUGAUGCUAAAUCAAAAGCUAGUCAAGGGACAAAUUGUUGAGAUCAAAGGAAUUACUGCGGCUCAGGCCGAUGUUGAAGUUAUCUUUAGCUUUUCGAGUUUGGAUAACGCAGAGGCAUUUGAUCCAAGUUGGGUUGACGCGCAAGCCGUGUGCAGUCAGCUGGGAUCCACGGCCCAAGGUGGUGUCGGACCCUUUGGGCUUUUGACUCUGGCUUCAGAAAACCUCGAGGAGUUCACUCCUGUGUUCUUCAGGAUCUUCAAGGCAGAGGCUAAUCACGUGGUUCUUAUGUGCUCUGAUGCAAGAAGCUCAUCUUUGAAAGAUGGAUUAUACAAGCCGACAUUUGCGGGUUUCGUCGACAUCGAUUUGUCGAGUAAAAAGCUCUCAUUAAGAAGCUUGAUUGAUCACUCGGUGAUAGAGAGCUUUGGUGGGGGAGGAAAAACAUGCAUAACUUCGAGGGUAUACCCAACAAAGGCGGUGUUUGGGGAUGCUCAUUUGCAUGUUUUCAACAAUGGAACAGUGUCUAUCACGGUGGAGUAUUUAAGUGCUUGGAGUAUGAGAAGUGCUUGGGUGAACUAAGUCAUUUUUAAGUUGGAACAGCUUUCUAACCGCUAAUAAUGUUAGAACUAACUC